AUGGCAGGCGACAAUUCUGAGCGGGCCGAGGCUAGCUCACGUACACGAUCCUUCACUGGGUGCGCAACGUGCCGGCGUCGCCAUGUUAAAUGUGAUGAGGGACAUCCAACAUGUUCUAUGUGCUCGUCCUCGGGUCUAUCUUGCGCUGGCUACAAGAAAGAUGUUUUUUUCGAUGCAAGAAACCCCAACAGUGGGGUUCGCUUUCGAAGACCCCCAUUGACGGAAGACGAGCGCCAAAGAAUGAGUCAAUGGCUAAUAUCGGCCGCACCUCCCAAAUCAACAAACCAAUUACUCUUGACAAUCGACGAAGAAAGCGAGAAAUACAAAUCGAGUCACAAAGGACUGCAGCUUUCUUUUGGUCCCUUCGGGGUCUUUCAAGUGCAACUGGAGCAAGAUAAACCUGCUUCGCCAGAUGGCCCUUUACCACCUGUGGAGGAAUUUGAAGAUGCAUCUACAAGCAGUCCUUCGCAAGAUAUGCCACAGGUCCUGGAUAUCUUCCCCAUCACCUCUGAGUUCUCACAAUGGUCGCCUGGGUUUAUGCAAUCACUUCUUGAGCAGCCCGAUCAAAGCUCUAGUCCAUUGUCCCCAGACUUGCUGGGCAUGCCAAUGGAUCAAACCCAUGUGGAUACUUCAAUCCUCCCACGAGAAUAUCAGCUCACAAACUUUCUCUCGGAUUCAUAUUGCAAUCCAAUGUCUCCCACCUCUCUCACCUCCCCUCCCAGUCUCACCAGGGCCAUCCCCCAGGAUGCCGUUUUUCUGUUGAGACACUACUCAUCAACAGUUAUAAGUCUCAUGACCCCAGUCAGGCAUAAGAAGACCCCUUGGCAUAUCUUAUUCAUUCCCCAUGUCAAGGAAUGCCUAGCAGCUUUGGCUCUGGGUGAAGACAUGAGCCACGCUAGCCUAUGCAACUUUUACGGCACCUUGGCCAUCAGUGCAUUCAGUCUGGGUGGAGUCUCUCGUUCUAAAAAAUGGCUUGAGCAAGGAGAAACAUAUCUCCAACGCGCACGAGAACAUGCAAAGUUAAUGCUUAUGACCGCCUACGAUAUUCCAAAACCAGCAAAAUACAAAGCCAUCUUGAUGGCGAUCCUCACUAUGGUACAGGUUUCUAACUUCUCUGGACGUGGAGACCGUCACCAAACAGAGAUAUAUUUCUUAGAGGCUGAGAAGCUUAUCCGACUUAAAGGUCUUAAGCGAAAGAAGUCCCGCAAGGUCCGCCUCCUACAUCACUGCUACGUCUUUGAACGUAUGUUCCACGAGAGCAUAUUCAUAUGCGGUGCCAACUCGGUUCAGCGCCGCCAUGUCCGUCGAGCAGUCGAAUCCAGCGGCCUUUCUCGCUGCAGCGUAGAUGGGCUUUCUUUUCGUCUGUAUAAGUGGCAGAACCUGGAAAAGGAGAUGCUACGUGUGAGAGAUCGCGAGGAAGGUGAAAAUGACCUACAUCUUGAACGACCGGGGCUCUUCUCCGCAACACUCUACCCCGAAAUAUAUGGUGUCCCAGAGCCAUGGCUUCUUCUUCUAUCCCUAGUCAUCCGUCUUGGGGUCGAGAAAGAUGAAUCAGAGCAAGAGCUCAAUGGCAAUGGCCUCAAUCUCAAAGAUUAUAUCAGUCGUGCCAAGGCACUAGAGGACUAUAUCAACCAAAUGCAGCAACCCAAAGAGCCAUUCUUUAUGACUCAUCAAUUCUCUAUUGACCAACAUAUUCUCGAAACCAUGCUCGAAGCCAUGCGGCAUGCUCUAGCCAUCUACUUCUAUCGGCGUAUCCAUAACCUGAAUGCUUCAAUGCUACAAGACAAGGUGGCCAGUGUCCGUGACUGUUUGCUACAGUGCGAGUACGCUGACUCGAGCGUCGUGCAUGGGUCCGCGGGUUUUAUCUGGCCUGCUUUCAUUGCGGCCUGUGAAGCCGAAGACCCUGAGGUGCAGAAGUCGUUUGCUUCUUGGUUUGAUAUCUCUGCACAACGCAGUGGCCUUUCUUGCUUCAAACAGACACUAAUAUCAAUUGAGAAGAUCUGGGAAGAGAAGUGUCGGGCCCAAGGGCGUAGUUUUACAUGGUUGGAUCUUAUGAGGAGAGCUGGUUCUCAACAGCAGGGCUUGGUCGUGUAA